AAAAAUUUAUUGAAGAAAAAAGUACAAUUCUAACUAUUAAAAAUGCAGCUAAAUUUGGAGUAGAUAAACUUGAAAAAUAUUACUCAUCAACAGAAGGAUUAGCUUAUAUUAUUGGAACAAGCGAUCCUUCAAAUGAAUUGGCUACUUAUUUAAGAGAAUCUACUACUGAUCCUAAUGAUGAUAAAAAUGAUAUUGAUAUUUUAGAAUGGUGGAAG